GAAAAGAUCAAAAAUAUUACCAAAAAAAAAAAAAAAUCAAAAAAAAAAAUCAAGUAUAUCUUCUUCUUCCUCGAUUUGUUAUUUAUAGAGAAAUCCCUAAACUAUUCAUCCAUACCUAAUUUAUGAAGCAGCAAUGAAAAGGCAGAGAAUCUCUCUGAAAGCAUGUUCACAACAAUUUGUAGAUUUGCCUGAUGAUUGCUGGGAACGUAUUUUCAGUUUCCUCAAAAACAACGGCGGCGACGACGACGACGACGACGACAAUGGGAACUACUACUACUUGAAGUCUCUCUCCAUGGCUUCAAAACAGUUCCUCUCCAUCACCAACCGCCACAAAUUAUCUAUCACUAUCUUGAAUCCAACUCUCCUUCACCUUCCUCGGUUACUACAAAGAUUCACUAACCUCAUCUCAAUCGAUCUCUCUUCCUUAUACUUCUACAAAGGUUCUCAUCUCAAUCUCAACCUUAUUCUCUCUCAAAUCUCUUGUUUUCCACUCAAAUUCCUUCGAUCCCUCAAUAUCUCCAACCAUAAAACUAUUCCUGCAACUGGGUUGCUAGCUUUUUCAAAAAAGAUUACAACUUUGACUUCACUCGUUUGCUCCAAAAUUCGUUCUAUCAAUGACACUGAUCUCAAACUUAUCGCUGAUUGUUUUCCUUUUCUCGAAGAACUCGAUCUUAGUUACCCCCUGGAGUUAGUCAAUUACUCUGUUGGAAUACAGGCUCUUUCAUUGUCACUUUUCAAACUCCGCAAAAUUAAUCUUACUAAUCAUCACCAACUCAACGAUGAAUUGAUUUUCCAAUUGUUUAAGAACUGUAAGUGUCUGCAAGAGGCUAUCACGGUUUUCUGUCCACGGCUUACAGCAGGCGUUUCUUGUGCUCUAAGCGAGAGACCAAUAUUGAGGUCUAUAUACUUUGAAAGUAUUCAUCGUCAACACGUUACUUCACAUUUCAUCCACUCGUUGCUAAGUUUGAAGGAUUUGACUUCCAUUCAAUUUGCGCGAUGGCAUAUCUCAGAUGAGUUGCUAUCCUCUAUUGCAAUGGCAAGUCUUCCUUUGAGAAGGCUUGCACUCCUACAUUGCACCGGCUAUACUUAUUCUGGAAUCUUUUUUUUGUUAUCCAAGUGUCAGCGUAUCCAGCAUUUAGAUCUUAAAGACACUGAUUUUUUAAAUAAUACUUGUGUUGCCAAUUUGUCUUUGUUACUUCCUGAGUUGGUGUCUAUAAACCUUGGUACUUGUAGCAUGCUCACAGAUUCAUCUUUGUUCACACUCGUUAGGAACUGUCCUUCACUUGUCGAGAUCAACAUGCAAUUCAUACUUUUUGAUAAUCACAAUUCUUUGAUGGAGGAUUGUGUUGUAAACCCUCAACUCAAGUAUCUCUUUCUAGGUUACACUCCACGGCUACAAAAUGAAAAUAUCAUAAUGUUAGCUGCCAUUUUCCCUAAUUUGCAGCGCCUUAAUAUCAGCUGUUGCUCCUUCAUAACCGAAGAAGGUAUUGGUCAGGUUUUAAGGAAUUGUCCUAAGAUUAGACAUUUAGACCUAACCUGCUGUACCAGCGUUAAGUCACUUGGAAUCCACUUUGAUGUUCCCAAGCUUGAGAUGUUGAAUUUGACAAGUACAAUAGUUGAUGAUGAAGCACUCUGUGUAAUCUCAAAGAGGUGUCGCGGGCUUUUGCAACUGGUUCUGCCACAUUGCCUUCAUAUCACAAGGAAGGGAGUGAUGCACGUCGUAAAAGGUUGCACGCAGCUCAAAGAGAUUAAUUUGAUGUUUUGUCCCAAAGUGCAUGCUAGUGUUGUUGCCUCAAUGGUAGUAUCAAGUCCAUCCUUGAGAAAGAUAGUAAUUCCACCUGGUUUUCCUUUGAGCGACAAAAAUAGGAAACACUUCUCGCGUUAUGGAUGCCUUCUUACAAGUUUUACCUGAAAUGGGCAACGCGGAUUUUACCAGUGGUGCUACUAGUUCAAUAUCUACUAUUUCUAUUGCAAGACAUUUGAGGGACUAACAAAGAUUGAAGACGGAAAUGCAACUCAGGUGUAUCACAACUUUACAAGACAUUAUGUGAGAUGGCGAGGUUGGUUAUGUUCCUGCAGUCUAAAAAUGGAAACAUGAUUUCUUCUUCUGCUGGAAGCUGUGAUUUGAUUCUCUCAAAUUUUGUGAAGACUUUUUCUUUGGGUUUGCUAUUUAUUUUUCUGUACUUUGCACUCCUUGUGCUUUAUGCCGGAUUGUCCGUUAUAACUUAUAGGGGAAGGGAGGUUCCUAUGUUGGUUGCUUUUACAAUAUGUUUGUAAUGUUCAUGUGUAUUCAGCUUAUGAUUAUGUACAUGUUGGUGAUAUCAAGUGUGGUGGCUUAAGGUUUAGGGUAGGGAUUUAUUUAUCACACACUAUGAUAUUUACCAUUUUUAUUUAAAGAAUAUAUUUUAAUA